AUGUGGCGCGCGUCGUGCGUGCGCUGCUGCGUGCCUGCGGCGCGCGUGCUGGACCACCGGCUGGCGUUUGCCGGGACGCAGGCAGCAUGCUCUUCGCGCCUUCUGCCCGAGCACGAGUACCAGGUGCGCCUCGGUGCCGCGAUUCGGCACCUCCGUGCGACGCUUCCCCAAUUUAUGCAGCGCGGCCUCGUCGACCGCGACGAGGCGCCGAGCGCAGGGGCCGAUACGCUCGCGCCCUACCUCGGCCAGAGUGCACUGAUAUCCCGUGCGCGGCUUGCCGCGAUCUACCACAAAGAGAUCUACUUCCGUUUCCGCCCCGGCGAGGCGGAACAGCACUUUGCGCCUGCCUUUUCGCUGCGUGGGCGGCGCAUGUAUAGGAUGAGCGCACAGGCGCUGCGCUAUUCACUGCAUGCGCUCUUUGUCGACACCGACGUGCGCAUCGAGCACAUGACGCUGCUGCCGGACCGUGCGAGCGUCGUGGCGGACGCCGCGCCGGGCAAGCCUGUGCCCGGUGAUGAGCUCCUGACACGUAUCCGGUUCCGCGGGACGAGCCGCAUGAGCGGCGCACUGCAGGACUUUACGCUCCUCUUCCGCUACCGCUUCGACCGCAACUCGGGCAUGGUGUGCGAACACCAUGUCGACCAGAUGAUGCCGGUGCCGGGCCGCCGUGUGUGGCAGAGCCUGGCGAAUGUACGUUCACGACUUGCAUAG